AUGGAGAAAAUUUGCAUACCAGUGGACGUUAUCGACAACCCACCAUUUCCCAUAAUCUCUGAAAAAAUGUCGGAUAAAGAAUCUCUGCUGCCUGUUGGCGUCGAUGAUGAAACAGUGUUGCCACUGCUUCAAGUCUUUGACGCUGUUGCUGCCUCAAUUGCCAUUGGUGCCCCAACGUCAGAGGGGGAUAAAUCAACUCCAGAGAGUAUGAAUAACCGGCAGCAGCCGCCGGAGUUCACAGAAGGAAAAGAAAUUCCGACAUUGGAGCAUUCAAGUUCGCAACGGCGCACCGCGUCAGCCGAGUCUGUUGCCGAUCAAUGGAACGAAGAUGAGUUGAAGUCAAAGUCUCCACAAUUUUCUCCUUUAGAUAAUGAAGUAAUUUUUUCUAAAAAUAGCUCCAAAAACGGCUCUGUAAAAAAGUUAAAUCCUGCUGCUCCGGAAUUUUCUUGUCCUCCUAGUCAACAAAUCCCACUUCUCCAGGUCUUGCUUCCAAUUUCAGGCCCAAUCUCUGAUAGGAACAAUUACCAAUUCUUCUCCAAAGACGGUACGGACAUAGAGAAGCAUACAGUGUCUUUUAACCCAAGUUAUUCGAUUGAAGAAAUACAUUCCGAAGACGGCCAAAAUCAUGCUUCCAAUGGUUCUGAUGAUAAAGAUUUUGAUAUGGAAUAUGCAAUGGAACAAGAGUGCUUUUACAGUAAAGUUUCUACUCCAACAUAUCACAAUUGA